UUGUCACUGUUUGUUGAGAGCUGCUUGUGGUUCUCCGCACAGCACUACAUACAUGUGUACUGCUCGUUCCAUUCAUUUCGCAUCUCAUGAAGCCUGGUAGUGAAGCCUUCAUGGUGGAAUCGCAAGAAGCCAACCAUGUCCAUCAACUCGCUCAGAAGGCACUACAGGCUAACAGAGAGCAUCAACAGGCCCUGAACACUUACAUCGAAAAGCUGGAGGCCGAACUGCAGAUGGUCGAAAGACUGAUCGACGCUGCUAACAUAGAAAUGGAAGACGACUCCGAUCUUGACGUUCCGGGUUUCGUCCUCGUGCCAGGCGCCGUACGAGCAGCAAGCGCGAUUCCCUCCUCAGAAUUGGAAUCUCCAGAUUCUCCGUUCCAUGGUGAUGCUCUGCGGCGAGAUCGGUACGAGAGCUUGACAGACAGUCAUCCCAUGAAGGCCCGCGAACUGGAUGCUCUGGCUGAAGCCGUUCGGACGGAAAACUAUCGCAAGAUGGCUUUCGACGCGCAGAUAAUAGGUCUCCCAACUUCCCACGAUAUGAGCGAACGGUCUCCAAAAUCCCUGGAGCGCAACUGCGAAGGUUUAGACUGGGAUCGAAUAGCGGAGAAGGUAUCUAGGGUGUCGGUGACCACUCGUACUGCAAGAGAGUGUGAAAUCCGAUGGCUUGGAGACCGACACCCGGACUUUAAUCAUGAUCCUUGGAACGAGGAAGAGAUAUUCAGGCUAAAGUCGCUCGUAGCAGGGUGUAGAAACGGCUCGCCGGAUUGGUCGGACAUAGCUCAAAAAUUAGGGACCAAUCGGACACUGUUGGAUUGCAUGCGUCAAGGAAUAACACGAAAAAACCACGCCUGGACGCCCACAUCUGACGAACGACUGAUUAAAGCUGUUCACAUGUUCGGUCACAAUUGGUCACUGGUUUCUCGUUAUGUCUCAGAAGACGCGACGCCGGUGCAAUGCAGCACCAGAUAUCAACGCAGCUUAGAUCCUUCCGUGAAGCGUGUCAACUGGACUCCUGAAGAAGAUGCACGACUUCGGAUCGCUGCAGCUGCGUACGGCCAAUCAUGGGUGGAUGUAGCAGCAGCCAUGCCUGGCCGAACCAAUGACCAGUGCCGGGAUCGGUGGAACGAACAGGUCAAUCCCAACCUCAACAGGAGCCCAUGGAGUCCGGAAGAAGACAAGGCCUUGCUUGAUGUAGUGCGUGAAAAUGAGAAUGCAGCUUGGAAAGAAAUCAGUAAGCUCCUGGGGACCGGCCGGACAGACACCAUGUGUCGCAACCGUUACCUGACGCUUCAAAGAGGUUUGAAGUUCCCUUCAUUGAAGUUCAAGGUGACUCGCCAUCCUUCUCUCGAUUUUGAAGCGACAACGACGCCAGAAUCGUCAUGCACACCAUCAGAUGCACAUUCUCUGUCACCUGGACCAUUACCUCCAGGCUCACCACUGCGACAAGAGGUUUAUACGCAAAACGAAGGGUCUCCACUGACAUUCUUGGAACCGGUGGUUAGCUCGGAUCCAACUAUCAAUCAAUGGUUUACCCCGAGUUCCGCAAGACCCUUGAUGCCACCCGGAUCCGCAUCGAACGCACCAAAACGACUAUCAACCCCUUCAUCGAUAUCGUCCAUCUUCGAAGGGGGGGAAGAAGAGGCAAAAGCGACUGCGCAGUGAUAGCGUGGAGCGGGUUCCCAAAAAAAGACGAAAAACGGCCCGUCCAAAGCAGGCCGGAAUGGAGGGCCAACUGUUGAUAACGUUUGGCCCUGCACUUACGGCUGAUAGCACGGUGUCGACACCCACAACACCUUCUAUUGAUUCCCGAGAAACUACGACAGACCAAAUCCCUGCACACUUCGUGGAUAUCGAUCAAGCAGAAAGAAGCUCAAGUUUAGGGACGUAUAUUACAUAGUUUACUUCUCCCACUAAUACUCACAAUAAUCACAAGCACGGGCAGACCCUCACGAUCUGCGGGCGUGAUAACCCAAACAGCCGAUCGAAGCACCGCACCUGAUGAAUGGAGAUGCAUGGCAUAAUCAUUGCAGGAGGCCACGAGUUCGGCUACCCCUGAAAUAUCUGGCAACGUUGGGGC